AUGGGGUGCUGUGGCUGUGGUGGUGGCUGUGGCGGCUGCGGUGGUGGCUGUGGUGGCGGCUGUGGUGGCUGCGGUGGCGGCGGUGGUGGCUGUGGCUGCAGUACCUACCGGGUCGGCUGCUGCUCCCGCUGCUGCCCCUGCUGCUGUGGCUGCUGUGGGGGCUGCUGCAGCAUCCCCUUGGUCUGCUGUCGCCGUCGCAUCUGUGGCUGUGGCUCGUGUGGCUGUGGCUCAUGUGGCUGUGGCUGCGGCUCCUGUGGCUGUGGCUGCGGCUGUGGGAAGGGCUGCUGCCAGAGGAAGUGCUGCUGCCAGAGGCAGUGCUGCUGCUAG